CACCCACAAGCCCAAACAAGCCCCACCGACAAACAGAGAAAGAGAUCAGCACGCAAUUGAAUCCAUCCAUCUAUAUAAAAAAAACUCAAACAACCUCAUAUUUCACGACACCAAUUUCUCCAUAUAGAAAAAUCAAGAAAAUGAAGAAUUUGUUUUUCCUAAUGAUGUUUCUGGCCAUAGUACUACAAACAAAUGCAAAUCUAGUAGAAACAACAUGCAAGAACACACCAAAUUAUGCACUCUGUGUGAAAACUCUGCGCUCAGACAAAAGAAGUGAAAAAGGAGACAUAACAACGUUGGCACUGAUAAUGGUGGAUGCUAUUAAAUCUAAGGCUAAUCAGGCUGCAAAUAUGAUUUCUAAACUUAGGCAUUCAAAUCCUCCAGCAGCUUGGAAAGAUGCCUUAAAGGAUUGUGCCUUUUCAUAUAAGGUAAUAUUAACAGCAAGCAUGCCAGAAGCAAUUGAAGCAUUAACAAAAGGGGAUCCAAAAUUUGCAGAAGAUGGAAUGGUAGGUUCUUCAGGAGAUGCACAAGAAUGUGAGGACUAUUUCAAGGGUACUAAAUAUUCACCACUUUCUAAAUUAAACUCAGCUGUUCAUGAACUUUCUGAUGUUGGUAGAGCUAUUGUCAGAAAUUUAUUGUGAAUUUUGUGAUGUGUGUAACUCUUUUCUUUCACAAAGUGACAAGUGUAAUGUACCCUCUUAAUCAUCACAAAUGUAUCAUGAUGUAAUAUAUAUUUACAAGUGUAGCACUUAUCCUUAUUAAA